GCAAAAAGUGUGCCCAAAAACCUUGAUAUGGAGUAAACGCACACCAACCAACUUGACUUGAUAUUGAGUCUUUGGCUGUGCGAAAAUCGUUUCAUUCUCCAGCGCCAAUAACUGAAAAGUAUGCACGAUUAUGACCGGUAAUACGGGUACUAGUUUGUGUUUAUACAUCAAGUGAAACGGUUGUCUUAAAACAGUUAUUGUGGGUUGUCUUCGGACCAUGCCAAUCACGGUAGAAAGUUUAGAAAAAAAAGAUGCAGAGGAAUACGAUCCUUUUGCGCACAGGCAAAUUAAGAAGCCGAACACAACCAUCGGAAGCUUCAUUCAUCUGGUGAAAGGGUCUUUGGGAACGGGCAUCAUGGCCAUGCCAUUGGCGUUCAAAAACGGGGGACUGCUAUUUGGUACGAUAGGAUCUAUAGUGAUCUGCAUCAUUUAUGCUCAUUGUGUGCAUUUGCUGGUUGGUACAUCGCAAAAACUAUGCAGGAAAACUCAAACACCGGUCCUAGAUUACGCAGGGACAGCUCACAAAGCAUUUGAAACUGGACCGCAGGGGAUAAAACCGAUGGCCAAAUAUGUAUCCAUCUUUAUAGACUGGAUGUUGGUGAUAGAUAGUAUACUAUCUAUUUGUCUGUACAUUGUCUUCAUAGCAGAAUCGAUGCAAGGCGUAAUCUACAACCAACAAGGUUUAGAUUGGGAUACUCGAAUGUACAUCUUAAUACUAAUGAUUCCCAUCGUUAUCAUCAUGCAAGUCCGGGAGCUGAAGCAACUUGUCCCAUUCACGGCAGUAGCCAAUAUGCUCAUCAUCGCAUCGGUGGGAGUUUCGUUAUACUUUAUCUUCAGCGAACCGAUAUCACUUGCCGACAGAAAUCUUUGGCCGCAAUGGACGACCUUUCCCUCAUUCGUUAGUACGGUCCUCUUUGCAAUUGCUGGAAUUAAAACGGUUCUUCCGAUCGAAAACAAGAUGAAGCAUCCAGGAGAUUUCCUUCGACCCCUCGGAGUCAUGCAGAGUGGUCUCGGGAUCCUGACGGUACUUUACGGAGUAACUGGGUUCUUUGGAUAUGCCCAAUACGGAGAAAUCACCAAGGGGUCGGUUACCCUCAAUCUACCAAGCGACAGCGGCUGGGCAGAAACGACACGGCUGCUAUCCGCCAUCGGUAUCCUAGUUUCUCUAGGGUUCACCCUAUACAUUCCGAUGGAGAUCAUCUGGCCUCGACUGGAAGCGAAGAUCUCCCUUAGGUGGCACAAUGUGGGACAGAUAACUAUUCGAACAGGAUUGGCAAUUUCGAUGGUUGGAUUCGCUCUUGUUGCACCUAAAGUGGAAUCGUUUAUCGGACUUCUAGGAUCGUUUGGAACAGCAGUGUUGUCAGUAUUGCUGCCGGUUACCGUUGAUACGCUGUACCGAUGGCCAACGGAUUUCGGUUGGUGCCGGUGGAGGUUGGUGAAAAACUCGGUGUUGAUAUUGUUUGGGCUUUUUGUGCUUACCGUGGGGACGUACUUUGGGAUAUUAGAUAUUGUUGCAAUAUAUAAAUGAGAAUAUUUUUCGUUAUUGUAAUUUAUGCUAAACUAGAAAAUAAGUGCUGGAAGUAGCAAAUAAUAUAUAAGAAAUUGACAUUUUUUACUAAGGAAGUUACAGAUUCACGUCUAGCGGUUCUGUUGAUGUCAUCCGAGUUUUUCUUUUUUUUCCAAAUACAUCAUAUAUUCAUUUGUAUUUCAAGUGCUGACUGGGGCCUUAAACCGGGUGAGAUUGAUUGCCAACAAUAAAACUACUAGCUGUCAUAGUCAUAUGAUUUACUAAUGUGUUAAUUAUUUCCGAAAUAA